UCCCAAGGCUGGGUGAAGGGAGAAUCACAGGACUCAGCAAUGUAGUGUCCUCCUUGGCCAACUGAUCCCCCUCAGACUCAGUCAUGCCACAGCAUUCCUUCCAUACAUCAGAAGAAGCAAAAUUUACCACUAACUAGUAUUUGGGGGAGGGGAGGCUUUAACAUCCUUGCAUGAAAGGGUCACUAGAAAGAAAGAGCGUGAAUUCCCCUCUGUGGCCGCUGAUCUCCAACACGAGACCAAAGGGGAGCAGGGGCCGGACAGAGCUGCCCGGGGCACCCAGCGUGGCUUCUCUAGUGUGGGGACCAGGGAUGAUCGGGCCAUGCACACAGAUGUCUCCAGCCUCCAACUGUUCGCGUAGCACACAGGGGACUUGUGGGUGGCCACUUGCCACUGCCAACUGAAACAAUAGGAUGGCAAUGUUGACAUCCUUCAUGACGUUUCCACGACAGACAUUCAGGCAGAAAGUGCUGGCGCAUUUUCUGUCUUCAAAGUAGAGGGCCAUGCCUCACCAGUGUGAAUAAUUUGGGCCCCGAUGACCUGCUCUGAGUCCACUCGCAGCCAGUGACACUUGCAAAAAAAUAAAACAAACAAAGAAAAAAAAAAAACUCCCAAAGCCCAUCUUGGGUUUGGCUUCCACAGCUCUUGACCAAUGUGGCCAAAGCCAGACGCCUCCUUAGGACACUUGGAUUUUUCAUAAAUGCAGCCUGCCCCAACCCUCCCUGAAUAGCAUCUGAAGUCUCUGUGGAGGUCAUGGAUCCUGAACAAAGUGUCAAGGGCACCAAGAAGGCUGAGGGAAGUCCCCGGAAGCGGCUGACCAAAGGAGAGGCCGCGCAGGCCAGUGUUUCGUCCAGCACCCCGUACCCAGGCAGCAGCACAGCUGCCCCUCCAGAGGGCCCUCUCCAAGAGCUCCUAGCCCCGCAGCCUUUCCCAGGCCCCUCGCCAGUUCUUAGGGAAGGCUCUCAGGAGAAAACAGGCCCUAAGAGGUCCUCCAUUGACACCUCUGUCCCCAUCUCGAAGCUUCCGCAGCACCCUCUGACACCAGCAUUCAUGUCACCCGGCAAACCGGAGCAUCUCCUGGAGGGGUCCACGUGGCAGCUGGUCGACCCCAUGAGACCUGGACCCUCUAGCUCAUUUGUGACCCCUGGACUCCAUCCUACAAGCCAGCUUCUCCCUUCCCACGCCUCCAUCAUCCCCCCUGAGGACCUGCCUGGCAUCCCCAAAGUAUUUGUGCCCCGUCCGUCCCAGGUCACCUUGAAGCCCCCAGAAGAGGUGCCCAAGAAGGAGAGGAAACCACAGAAGCCCGGCAAGUACAUAUGUCAGUACUGUAGCCGGCCCUGUGCCAAGCCCAGUGUGCUCCAGAAACACAUCCGCUCACACACAGGUGAGAGGCCCUACCCCUGCGGCCCCUGUGGCUUCUCCUUCAAGACCAAGAGUAACCUUUACAAGCACAGGAAGUCCCAUGCCCACCGCAUCAAAGCCGGCCUGGCCUCCGGAGUGGGCGGUGAGAUGUACCCCCAAGGCCUGGAGAUGGAGAGGAUCCCAGGGGAGGAGUUUGAGGAGCCCACCGAGGGGGAAAGCACAGACUCAGAGGAGGAAACGGGCACCACAUCUGCCCACCCUGCAGAGCUCUCCCCCAGGCCCAAGCACCCCCUCUUGUCCAGCAGCUUGUAUAGCUCUGGGAGCCAGGGCUCCAGCCACGACCGCUGUUCCUUGUCCCAGUCCAGCUCAGCCCCGUCACUCGAGGACCCCACUCCAUUCACAGAACCCUCAUCUGAACACCCCCUGAGUCAGAAACCAGAAGACACCCAUACGAUAAAGCAGAAGUUGGCCCUCCGCUUGAGUGAGAGGAAAAAGGUAAUGGAUGAGCAGGCGUUUCUGAGCCCGGGCAGCAAAGGGAGUACAGAGUCUGGGUACUUUUCCCGCUCUGAGAGUGCUGAGCAGCAGGUCAGCCCCCCAAACACCAAUGCCAGGUCCUAUGCCGAGAUCAUCUUCGGAAAGUGCGGGCGGAUCGGGCAGCGGAGUGCCAUGCUGACGGCCACGUCCACGCAGCCCCUCCUGCCCCUGUCCACCGAAGACAAGCCCAGUCUGGUGCCUUUGUCUGUGCCCCGGACGCAGGUCAUAGAGCACAUCACCAAGCUCAUCACCAUCAAUGAGGCUGUGGUGGACACCAGCGAGAUAGACAGCGUGAAGCCGAGGAGGAGCUCACUGUCAAGGCGCAGCAGCAUGGAGUCCCCCAAAUCCAGCCUUUACCGGGAGCCCCUGUCGUCCCACGGUGAGAAAACGAAGCCUGAACAAUCACUGCUGAGCCUCCAGCACCCGCCCAGCACCACCCCCCCUGUGCCUCUGCUGAGAAGCCACUCAAUGCCUUCCGCCACCUGCACCCUCAGUACCUCCCAUCAUACCUUCCGAGGUAGCUACUCCUUCGAUGACCACAUCACCGACUCCGAAACCCUGAGCCGCAGCAGUCAAGUGUUUACCUCCCACCCCCGGAUGCUCAAGCGCCAGCCGGCCAUCGAACUACCUUUGGGAGGGGAGUACAGUUCUGAGGAGGCGGGACCCAGCAGCAAAGACACAGCCUCCAAACCCACAGAUGAGCCAGAACCCAAGGAAAGUGAACUCACCAAAAAGACCAAGAAGGGCUUGAAAACAAAAGGGGUGAUCUAUGAAUGUAACAUAUGCGGUGCUCGGUACAAGAAAAGGGACAAUUAUGAAGCCCAUAGAAAGUACUACUGCUCAGAGCUUCAGAUCACAAAGCCCGUCUCUGCAGGUGCUCACGUGUCCCCAGAAGCUGAGAAGAGUCAGGCUGAGCACGAGCCCUGGUCCCAGAUGAUGCAUUACAAACUGGGGACCACCUUGGAGCUCACUCCGUUGAGGAAGAGGAGGAAAGAGAAGAGCCUUGGGGAUGAGGAAGAGCCACCUGCCUUUGAGUCGACUAAAAGUCAGUUUGGCAGCCCCGGACCGUCUGAUGCUGCUCGGAACCUUCCCCUGGAGUCCACCAAGUCACCAGCAGAACUGAGUAAGUCAGUGCCCUCCCUGGAGGGACCCAUGGGCUUCCAGCCAAGGACUCCCAAGCCAGGGUCUGGUCUAGAGUCAGGGAAGGAGAGGAGAACAACGUCCAAAGAAAUUUCCGUCAUCCAGCACACCAGCUCCUUUGAGAAGUCCGACUCUCUGGAGCAGCCCAGCGGACUGGAAGGGGAAGACAAGGCUCUGGCCCCAUUCUCUUCACCCCCACUGGCCCCACACGGACGCUCCACCCACUCCCUGCAGCCCAGGCUGGUCCGACAACCCAACAUCCAGGUCCCGGAGAUCCUGGUGACGGAGGAGCCUGACCGGCCAGAGACAGAGCCCGAGCCACCUCCGAAGGAACCCGAGAAGACAGAGGAAUUCCAGUGGCCCCAGCGCAGCCAGACACUUGCCCAGCUCCCAGCUGAGAAGCUGCCACCUAAAAAGAAGAGGCUGCGCCUGGCAGAGAUGGCCCAGUCAUCAGGGGAGUCCAGCUUUGAGUCCUCCGCACCCCUGUCUCGCAGCCCCAGCCAGGAGAGCAGUGUCUCUCUGAGCGGGUCCAGCCGCUCCGCCUCCUUCGAAAGGGAUGAGCAUGGAAAAGCUGAGGGCCCUGGGCUCUCAUCUGACACACGCCCCAAACCCUUGGGUACCCACAUGCUGACCGUUCCUAGCCACCACCCGCACGCCCGAGAGAUGCGGAGGUCAGCCUCAGAGCAGAGCCCCAACAUUUCCCAUUCUGCCCACAUGACUGAGACACGCAGCAAAUCAUUCGACUAUGGCAGCUUGUCCUUGACAGGCUCUUCUGUGCCAGCCCCAGCAGCUCCAGCAGCCCCGGCAGCCUCCACAGCCCCACCAGAAAGAAGAAAAUGCUUUUUGGUGAGACAGGCCUCUCUGAGCAGGCCUCCGGAAACCGAGCCAGAGGCAGCCCCCAAGGGAAGACAGGAGAGCGAGGAACCAAAGCCCUCAUGCAGUAAGCCUUCCACCAAAAGCUCAUUGCCCCAGAUUUCCUCAGCAGCCACCUCACACAGUGGGCACCCAGGAGGCAAGAGCCAGGUGCAGGACAGAUCCCAGCUGGGGUCCUCUCCACCCUACACUGAAGCACUUCAGGUGUUCCACCACCCCAUUGCCCAGCUCCCCCUGCAUGAGAAACCCUACCUGCCACCACCCGUCUCCCUCUUCUCCUUCCAGCCCCUCUUGCAGCAUGAGCCAGGACAGUCUUCAGAAUUCUUCUCCACCCAGGCCAUGUCCAGCCUCCUCUCCACCCCGUACUCCAUGCCGCCGCUUCCUCCCUCCUUAUUUCAAGCCCCGCCACUUCCCCUCCAGCCUACCGUUCUGCACCCAGGCCAGCUCCACCUCCCCCAGCUCAUGCCUCACCCAGCCAGCCUCCCCUUCCGGCAGCCCCCUUCAUUUCUCCCCGUGCCGUACCCUGCCUCAUCAGCACUCUCUUCUGGAUUUUUCCUGCCUCUGCAAUCCCAGUUCUCGAUUCCGUUCCCCGGUGAUGUGGAAAGCCAUCUGCCCCAGAUCAAAACCAGCCUGGCCCCACUGGCAACAGGAGCCACCAGCCUCUCCCCGAGCACAGAGUAUAGCAGCGAUGUCCAGCUGUCCCCCGUGGCUCCCCCGGCCAGCUGCUCGGCACCCACAUCAGCCCCUCCACUGACCCUGCCUGCUUGUCCGGACACCAUGGUGUCCCUGGUUGUGCCCGUCCGCAUUCAGACCAACAUGCCGUCCUAUGGGAGUGCCAUGUACACCACCCUGUCCCAGAUCCUGGUCACCCAGUCCCAAAGCAGCUCAGCAACUGUGACUCUUCCCAAAUUUGAGGAGCCUCCAUGCAAAGGGACAACUGUGUGUGGGACGGAUGUGUACGAGGUCCAGCCUGGGUCAGCUGGGGUGAAUGAAGAGCAGACCAGAGGUUUCCCGACUCCAUACUUGAGAGUGCCUGUGACAUUACCUGAUAGAAGAGGCACGUCCCUGUCAUCAGAGAGUGUCCUGAGCCUGGAGGGGAGUUCUUCAACGGUGGGGGGGAGCAAACGUGUCCUUUCACCAGCUGGCAGCCUUGAACUUACCAUGGAAACCCAGCAGCAAAAAAGGGUGAAGGAAGAGGAGGCUUCCAAGGCAGAUGAGAAACUUGAGCUGGUAAAACCAUGCAGUGUGGUGCUCACCAGCACGGAGGAUGGCAAGAGGCCAGAGAAAUCCCACUUGGGCAGCCAAAGCCAGGGCAGGAGGGAGCUAGAAACACUGUCCAGCCUGUCCUCAGAUCCAUCUGACCCAAAGGAAAUCAGUCCCGUUCCUCACUCCUCAUUGUCCCAUGUGACAGCCCCAGGCUCAGAGGCUUUGAAGGAAUAUGCCCAGCCAUCCACUAAGCCUCACCGAAGAGGGCUGCCCUCACUGAGUGUGAAGAAAGAAGAUUCCAAGGAACAACCUGACCUCCCUCCACUGGCACCUUCAAGCUCGCUGCCUCUGUCAGAAACGACCUCCAGACCAGCCAAGUCGCAAGAAGGUACGGACUCAAAGAAGGUACUGCAGUUCCCCAGCCUCCACACGACCACUAAUGUCAGUUGGUGCUAUUUAAACUACAUUAAGCCAAAUCACAUCCAGCAUGCAGAUAGGAGGUCCUCUGUUUACGCUGGUUGGUGCAUAAGUUUGUACAACCCCAACCUUCCGGGGGUUUCCACUAAAGCUGCUUUGUCCCUCCUGAGGUCUAAGCAGAAGGUGAGCAAAGAAACAUAUACCAUGGCCACAGCUCCGCAUCCUGAGACAGGAAGGCUUGUGCCAUCCAGCUCCCGCAAGCCCCGCAUGACAGAGGUUCACCUCCCUUCGCUGGUUUCCCCGGAAGGCCAGAAAGAUCUAGCUAGAGUGCAGAAGUCAGAAGAGAAGCGAGGGAAGCCAGAGGAAGACGCUCCUGCCUGCAAGAGAGGGGAGCCAGCGAGGAUCAAAAUCUUCGAAGGAGGGUACAAAUCAAACGAAGAGUAUGUAUAUGUGCGAGGCCGCGGCCGAGGGAAAUAUGUUUGUGAGGAGUGUGGAAUUCGCUGCAAGAAGCCCAGCAUGCUGAAGAAACACAUCCGCACCCACACUGACGUCCGGCCCUAUGUGUGCAAGCACUGUCACUUUGCUUUUAAAACCAAAGGGAAUCUGACUAAGCACAUGAAGUCAAAGGCCCACAGCAAAAAGUGCCAAGAGACAGGGGUGCUGGAGGAGCUGGAAGCCGAAGAAGGAACCAGUGAUGACCCAUUCCAGGACUCAGAAGGGCGAGAGGGCUCGGAGGCCGUAGCGGAGCACCAGUUUUCAGAUCUGGAGGACUCAGACUCGGACUCAGACCUGGAUGAAGACGAGGAUGAGGACGAAGAGGAGAGCCAGGACGAGCCACCCGGACUGGCCUCAGAGGCGCCCCUGCCUGGCCCGCCAGCCACGCUGCCGGCAGACUCCUCCCCCGGCCCGGGCCCUCGGCCCCCAGACGCCACCUCUGGCGACCAGGCCACACGGGGCAGCUCGGGCUUGGACGCUGAGGGCUGGGCAGCUGGCAGCUGUCCCACGUCCAGCCAAAGUAUCCUGUGCCUGCCCCGACUGGGACCGGCCCCUUCGGGCCCCCUCGAGAAGGACACAGGCUCGGCCCUGAGCUCCAAGGCUGUGUCCCCAAGGAGGCUGUGGUCCCCAAGCAAAGAAGCAGGCAGCCGCCCAGCACUCACCCACAAACACUCACUAACUGAAAGCGGCUCAUCCCCACAGCGACACUCACCGGCCGGAGAGUCACAGGCCUCAGCCCCAAGCCCGCUGGGCCCCCAGAGAGGCCCUCUCCCCUGCGGGUCUCCAAGACUCGAGCUGUCUCCUCUCACCCCCCACCCCCUGGGAAGGGAACUGCCCCCUCGAGUGCAUCCACCCCCUGAGCGCCAGGGGGCCCCAGAUCCGGGCACCCCCAGACACUCGCCCACCAGGAGACGGUCCCCGGGCCAGGCCGAGUCACCACCACGGUCAGCGCUGCCAGGGAAGUGGGCCUUGGCUGGGUCAGCGGGCGAGCGCGGCCCAGGCUCAGGGCUGGCCCUGCGGGCUCUCUACCCGCCCGCGCCUCUACCUCACAAGCUUCUCGGCAGAAGCCCCGAGACCUGCGCCUCCACGUGGCAGAAGGCUGCAUCCCGGAGUCCCUCCUGCUCACCUGGCCCUGCGCAUCCUCCCUCCUCCCGACCCUGCUGGGCCCCCCAUGACUUCCACGGCCACGCCCCAGCCCGGACAGAGGAGAACAUCUUCAGCCACCUCCCUCUCCACUCCCAGCAUUUGCCCCGUGCCCCGUGCCCCCUGAUUCCCAUCGGCGGGAUCCAGAUGGUGCAGGCCCGGCCGGGGGCCCACCCCACCCUGCUGCCAGGGCCCACCACCGCCUGGGUCAGCGGCUUCUCCGGAGGUGGCAGUGACCUGACAGGGGCCCGGGAGGCCCAGGAGCGAGGCCGCUGGAGUCCCACCGAGAGCUCGUCGGCUUCCGUGUCCCCUGUGGCUAAGGUAUCCAAGUUCACACUCUCAUCGGAGCUGGAGGGCAGGGACUACCCCAAGGAGAGGGAGAGGACGAGUGGGGGCCUGGGCAGACCUCCUGACUGGGAGCCCCGAGGGGCUGAGGUGCCCGCAGAGCCCGUGCCCACCCACAGCCCCCGCACCCCACCCGAGGCCUCACCCCGGCUGUCCCAUGGCCACAGGCCAGAAUCCUGGACCCCCCGCUUGGAGUCACCACACACGCUGGCCAACCCCGCGGCCUCUGCCGCCUCGCCCCUGGACCGCAGCAGUUCCGUAGGCUGCCUAGCAGAGGCCUCCGCUCACUUCCCAGCCCGGAGGAGAAACCUCUCCGGGGAACCCAGGACCAGUCAGGGCUCCCCUGAGCCCUCAGGAAGUGGGGGGCCUGGGGCACUUCCACAUCAGCCCAAGGACAGGCGCCCCCCAAGCACUUAGCCUCUCCUCGACAGCUUCAGCAUCUGGCUUCCGGUGUUCCGCAACAGCCGUUUCCAGCCAGCUUCCUCGAAUCAUCUCGCUCUCAUGGGCUCCCUUUCCCGUCUGUCCGUCUGUCCAAGCAGCUUCUGCUCAGCUCCCAACUGUUCUGUCUUCCCACGUUUGCAGUUACCUGUGCCUUUUUCUAUACCUUUUGUUGCUUGAAAAGAAACAAAACACACGCACACAUAAAAAAAAAAAAAAAGCCCAUGAGGAGUUGGAGGCUGUUAAUAUUUUGUGCUUUUUUGAGAAAGGGUGCAGGUGGGGGCCUCACCCUGGGCCACUGAGGUCUGCAGCCACCCCCUACCCCCAGGCUGGCAAGAGGUAUCUGUUUGCUGAGGGAAAGGGGGAUGCACUGGAGGAGGGGAAAAAAAAAGCAAGAAACAUUUAAAAACAUACAUUAAAUGUAAAAGCAAGCACUCCUAUGUACAGAUGUUUAUGGUUCCUAUUUAUUGCUGCUUUAUUCCACCCCAACCAGUGACCACCCUCACUGCCGGCAGAAGGGUCAGCGGCCCCAGGCAGAGGGACACAGGCAGGGGAACGCCACUCAUCCUCCAUGGGCAGACCCAGAAAACCCCAACUUUCUUGUUCCCGGAAAAGGAAAAUGUUACCUUUCCUAGGAUUUCAACACAAAUUAUAGGAGCAGGUAGAAGGUAGGUGCAUGUUGGUUUCCCCAGGACUCCCUGAUAUCCAGGGGGUCCGAGUCAUGGACCCCUCCUGGCAUCCUGACAAACCCCCCAGGCCCCCCACCCUGCACCCCUCCCCUCUACCCCCUACCCCCAGCCCCUAGGCUGCCAAAGGAAUCCUGACUGUUCGUCUCUUAGAUCCUGAGCACCUGACUGAGACCUUGCUCCAGGGACCCAGCUGCAAGCUGCCUCCCUUAUUCUAGAAACUACCCACAAGGCUGAAGUGACAGGGCCCAACCCUUAGGGGUCAAGAUCCAAGGUGCAUUGCCUUGCCAUUUCUGAGGUUUGGGGCUUGGGUUUCGUUUCACAUCUGGUCCCUCAGGUUCAAAGGGCCCUAAUUCCUCCAUGGCCCCGCUUUCCCAGUGUUCAGCACCGGAAGUUUACAGGGACCUGUUUCUGGACCCCUUUCAGUAGGACUGGAUCCCGCCCCCGCCAUCCCCACCUUACACACUGUCAGGCCUCCACUACUUCCAGGAAGUACCUAAAACCAUGAUUGGUGGGAACUGCCCAGAGCUGUUUUUAAAUCUCUUUAAAAAAUCACACACACACACACACACACACACACACACACACACACGCGCGCGCGUGCGCGCAUAAAAGAGAGGAUGGUGUUUGGUACUUCUCCUACUUCUCCUAGCCUCCUCAGAUUCUCUUGACCUAGAAGAACUGUCCUAAGCCCAUUGAAUUCUUCUCCAAAUCAAUCAGUACUAGCCUCCCUCAUUCCUGCCUCCUCCUUCAAGAAGCCUUCCUAUACUUUCUGGAACAAAAACCCCGCUUUGUAAGAAAAAUUAUAUGACCAGAAAUUAAAAUCCCACAUUGAUAUAUAGAGCUUUUGUUUACCCUGUCCUGGGAGAGCUGGGUUUUCUUCCAACCUUUCAGAAUUUUUUUUCUUUAGUUUCUCCAAGGGGGAGAGAGCACAGGGACUAUGGUCCUGGCCCACUCAGGUGAGGUGUGGAUGCCACGUUACAGAGCAGGGGACUCUCUGACCACUCCCCUGUCUUCAGCCAGGCCAUGUGAAUCCUGGGCCUGGGGCCCCCUGAGCUGGUGAAGUUGUUUAAGGGGGACCCUGGCUGAGGCCACAAUUCCCUCCUCUGUCACUUCAGGGUCUUUCUCUGCUUGGCCUCUGCCGACUAGACUAGCCAGUUGCAGGUUCACCUCAGACCACUGUCUUGUUUCCCUUGGGCCUCUCUCAGAGCUAAGACACAAAGUGAUCAAGAGGGGAGGGCACCCCCUGGGGGUCUGCUGGGCUCUGGGGUGCUUGGGGUGAGGUUAGCCAGCAGUGCUCAGCUCCCUGGCCUGGAGUCCAGGGCUCCCGCCCGUCCUGGGAGAAGGCCAGCAAGCCCAGUCUUGACCAUAUGGGCACUAUUUUGGCCUCACAGGAAGUGGGAAGGUACUGGGGUCUAGUGGUAGCCCAGCCUUUUCUCGCCUUUACCUCUCAGCCCUACCCGGAGAGACUUCUAGCCCUGGGGCCCGGGAGCUGGAUAAAGAGCAUCACUUCAGGCCAGGUUUGAAACCUUCCCAGGCAAGGUCUCCCAGCCUAGACUUACCAAGUAGCAGACAGGGAGCUCUGCUAGGUGAGCCCCUGACCUUGGGGGUGGGGCUCCCCUGUUUGCAGACAGUGUGCCUACUGAGGUCUCCUUCCUGGAAGACCCAGUCACAGACAAUGUGGCUGGCAGGUGAACGUCUUCAAAGCCACUCAGGCCCACAGGCACAAGCAGAGGGGACAGGGACCAGGUCACCAGAGAGCCGUUUCUCAGUAACAGGGACAUGAUGCACAAACAGAACCUGGCCAGUGGGCUGCUGCCCCACACAGCUGCCCAGAGGGAUAGAAUCAAUGCCACCAGCCUGGGACAUAUGUCACCGGGCACAGUGCUAACCCCUUCUGUCCCUGCUCCGAGCACAGAGACCCCAGCACGCACGCACGCGCGCGCACACACACACACACACACACACACACACACACACACACACUCCUCCAUAAUUUUAGAAAAAGACUCUCAAUCCCUACCUCCCCAGGGACCCCUGUCCCACUCCCAACCACGUCCAUAUUUACAGUUUGCCUGUGAGCCUGCUGUUCCUGCUCAGGGAGGCAGAACAGAAAGCAGUGCUGAUUGGUUGCCAUAGACACCUGUUGACGCUCUGCCAAAAGGUGCUGGCCGGCCAUUCCUUGGUAGCACUGGCCCACUCUGGUCCUUGGGUGCCAGCGGUGUGGUACGAAACAGACUGCAGAGGAUUCAGAGCUGGCCCUCGCCUUCCGUUGGGGACUCCAAGACACUUAGCCCCAGGCCUCCCCUCCAGGAUCCCCUUCACCCUCAACGAGUUCAGGGUCACUCUGAGUACUAACCUCGUUCCCCUCCGAGGCACCUUUCCCCAGGCCCUCCACCCUUGGCUUAUACUCUGGCCCAACCACUGAGACCCUCUAAGAUGCUGACAGCCACAAACUGUCACCUCCAUCCUCCAGACCCGGCAGUUCCUCUGCCUCCCUCUGUGGGAAAACAUCGGAAAGAAUUAGCUUCCUGGUCCCCUUCGCCCCUGUUCCAUUCUCACCCUGCACUUCUGAAUAGGAGCCAGCAAUAUAUCUGAGCUGAACUGCUCUCUAGCCCUUUCUCAGAAGAAAAAAUCCUUCUUAAAGCAAAAGUCCUGCCUUGGAGACAGAUCUGCAGCAUCGACCACGGGGAGAAAGGUCCCAAAGACCUGUCCCUACAAAUUCUGCUUCCGUGUUGUGGCUCCCGUCUGCUGUCCCUUAGAAAACCGCUUCGGCACUUACAAUCACUUUACUAAACCUAAUGUUGAAAAAAAAUAAGAAGAAGAGAAAAGAAACAGAAAAGAAAAAGAAGGUGUAGGCAAAUGUAAGAUACAUGCUCUCUGUAAGAUAAAUAUUUGCCUUUUUGUUUUCUAAAAGGUGUGUGUAUUCUGUAUGUGAAAUUGUCUGUAGAGAGUUUCUAUGUUCUUAAAUGGCAAUACAUUCCAAAAAAAAUCGUACUGUAGAUAUGUACAGCGGCCACACUGGGAUGGGUAGUCUUGCCUGUAAUUUUAUUUAAACUCCAGUUUCUACCCUUGCAUCUUGCAAUGUUGGUAUGGUAUAUAUCAGUGCAAAAGAAAAAAAAAAACUCAAAAAAUCCAUGCAGG